AGAAAAAAGUGAAGAAACUCCUCCAGGAAGGUUUGUCACCGUCUUAAUUGCAUCCGAUCGCCAUGAAGCCAGAGUCGAAGCAGACUUUCCGCAAUAAAACUGACAAAUCCAGUGCUUCCUGCUACGACUUCACCAAACUCUCUGAGGCACUUGAGUCCACCCAGCAGAACAACAGUGGUGGAUUUAUCGCCACCGUAGCUGACUCUGGUGCUGUACGGAGCGACAGCAAGUCUCUUUAUGAGCUCAAAGAGAUGUCUCAGGCAUUGAAUCAUGUGGAGAAGAACCUUAAGAAGGUUAAGAGGAGCCUCAAGCCUAAGAAGCGGUGCAAGAAGUUGAUGAAUCGAAAACAGAGCAUAAAUAUUCAAGCGUUUGAGGAUUUUGAAAAGCUUAAUCCAAUCGCCUAUCUGCUUUUCCAGGAGCGUCCGUUCACAAUAUUAUCCGUGGUUUAUUGAAAUGCCAUGAUCUCAAGUCUUAAAUUAUCAACUUCUUCAGUCUAAUUGUAAGGAGAUUAAUCAUAUAUGCAGCAAUUAAUUAAUUUCUUCUCC